UGUUUCAUAAGCCGUAGCAGUGAAGUUCUGGUCUCUUGCUUUAUCUUGAUUGGCUGGGAAGGGCCAGAAGUGAAGCAGGACUGAGUGAAGCAGCGCAGACGCUCUCAUUCAGAGAUUAGGCAACAGAAGGACCGGAGUCUGUGAACUCUGAGGCUCCCGCUCUCAUCCAGACCAGAGCAGCUGCAUCGGACGAUCAACAGGAAAUCCAGCGUGAGGACAGGAAACGCUAUGAUUGAGAGGAGCUGCGGUGGCCUGAGGGACACGGCGUGACGUGCUGGAGCUCUGUUCUUGGACAGGUGAAUACUGAGCCGUGUUCAUGUUGCUCGCGGGGAGAAGAGCGGUGCUCAGAGUUCAGCUCUGGAUUCUUAUUGUGCUUCUCUACAGCGGUCAGGUCAUGGGCUCCAUGCUGGAUGAUCUGAUCAAUAAACGUGGUGAAUAUCAAGAGAACUGCACACGACUCCUGAAAGCCACUUUUCCUACUGGAACUGGAAUUUUCUGCAAUGGAACAUUUGAUGUUUUUGCCUGUUGGCCACACUCAUCUCCUGGGAUCGUAUCUGUACCCUGCCCUCCUUAUUUACCAUGGAUCAAAGAAGGUGCUACUGGAAACGCGUACAAGGAAUGCACGGCCAACGGAACCUGGAAACCUGAGUAA